AUGCAUAGACGAAACAAAGAAUAUACCGUAAGAAGUAACAACAAAUUUGAUCUUCUUAAAAAUGAUGAUGAGAAACAUGUACACAGUGAAAGGAACCAAAAGUAUAGCAACAUCUCUUAUCAUAUAAGAAAGUUAUUUAGUUAUUGUGAUGCAGAUAUUUUAAGGAUUGAAAAUAAUUUAAUAAUAUAUAAUAGUUUAAUAGAUAAUAUAAAAAAGAAUGGAAAUAAAAUAAUAAAAAAGGAAGUUGAGAAAAUAAUUCGAGAAAAGGAAAAAAAUGAACAUUAUAGUUUAAAAGAAAUGAAUGAAGAAGAAUAUAAAGUAACAAAUUUUGAUUUGAAAAAAGUAGAACUUGAUUUUAAAUUUAUAGAAUGUAGUUUAUGUUUUGAAUUAAUUAAAUUUAUAUGUAUACAAGAAUGUAAUCACACAUAUUGUUUUUUAUGUUUUUAUCGUUUAUUAUAUAUGGAGAAAAAAGAAAAUGAUAAUGUAAAUAAUGAACAGAAUUAUCCCGCGAACAAUAAUUACCAUAACAACAACAAUAAUAAUAUUAGUACAAGUGUUAAUACAUCUACUAGUAAUACACAACGUAGUUAUUACAGAAGUAACGUUAGUAGUAGUACUAGUGAUUUUACCUUUAGAGAUAAUAAUUAUAAUAAUGAUUCUUAUUUUAAUAUGGAUAGUAGAAGAUCAAGAAAUAGAAGAAAUGAUAACAAAAAAGAAGAAAUAUAUAAAUAUGAAUUUGAUAGAGUUCAAAUGAAAUGUCCCUUUUGUAAAGAACAUAAUGAAUAUAUAUUUAUUUGUUUAAAUAAUUUCUAUACCCAUUUUACGUAUGAAAAUUUAUUAAAUACCCUUCUAGAAAAAGAAGUGGAGCAAAGCUUAAUGUAUGCAUCAAACGAGCCCGUAGAUUUAAGUGAAUAUACAUCAAGGGUAAAAGAAAGUACAAGUGAGAAAAAGAGUUCAAAAGGUAGUAACACAAAACGAUCUAUGGAUAAAAAUAGAAAGGAGGAACAUAAUAAUAAAAAUAAAGAUAAUAAUUGUGCUGAUAAGAGGGAACAUAGGAAAGAAGAUAAGUGCAAGGAUCAGAAUGAAGAUAGUACAAUUAAUAAUAACAAUAAUAAUAAUAAUAAUAAUAAUAAUAAUAAUUGUAGUAGUUGUAUCAAUACCUGUAUUCAUGUGCAAAAUGAACGAACAAAAGAAUCCUUGUUAGGUAAUAGCGAUACACAUAAAGAUAUGAAUUGUAAAGACGAUUUAAAGAGAAUUUUUUCUUCUUAUUAUGAUGAACUCAUAAUAUUAAGAAAAAUAUUAAAAAAAGAUACAUUAUUAAAUAAUAAUACAAAUAAUAUGAAAAAAGUUGAAAAUAUGUAUUUGUUUUUUUAUUAUGAAAAAUAUGUAAAAUGGAAAAAGAAAAGAAUAAAAUAUUUAGUAACGUGUAUUAAUUCACAAAAAAGGUAUGCCUUUUUUUCAAAAAUAUUUGGUGAUAUUGAAAAAAAAAUAUUCUAUGAAUAUUUCUAUAUAUUUAGUUUAUGUACACUUUUAACUAGCUAUUCUUGUUUAGUUAGUCCAUGUAUUGAUUACUGGACAAAGAUACAAAAUAGAAAAGUAGAAAAAUAUAAAUUAAAUCAUAAAGAGGAUAAAUAUUUUGAACAGAUAUAUAUAAAGAAUGAAAAAAUAUUAUUAAGAAAAAAAAAUGAUUCAAUAUAUGAUAAAUAUCAACAACAUACAAAAAAUUUAUUUUAUAUAAGUGAAGAAGAAUCAGAAAAAUCUGAUGAUUAUUUUAAAGUUAUUGACAUAUUUUAUAAAAUAUGUUUUACAAAUUUAGAUAAUAUUAAUAUAUUAAGUCAUUUAAAAAAUUACUCUUAUAAAAAAUUAAAUGAAUUAUGUAGACAUAUGCAUGAACAUAAUAAAACAUAUUGUGAUAUAUGUGUUGGAAAUAAUGAUAAUAUAUUCCUAUUUGAAUAUAAUAUAUUUUAUAAAAGAUAUAUUAAAGUUCAUAUUGAAUAUGGAGAAAAAAUAGGAGAUCAAAAAUAUCAAAUUAGACAUAUAUAUUGUCAUUUAUGUAAUAUAUAUUUAUAUGAUUUUGACACUUACAUGAACCAUGUUAAUAAAUAUCAUUUCUUUUGUAAAUUCUGUUUUAAUAAAAAACCCAAUCAGUCUAAAGAAAAUAUUCAAAAUGUUAUAGACGACGUGGUAUAUUACGAGGAGUUGCAUCUUUAUGUUUAUAAAGAUUAUGAAAACCUCUUUGAACAUUAUAAAAAGAAGCAUCACCCGUGUCUUUACGAACAAUGUAUAUUUGUUGUUUUUGAUAACAAGAUAGAUUUAUGCUUACAUUUAGCAGAAAAACAUGAAGAAAGAGGAAGCAACAAAAAGAAUAAAAUAACAUUGUCUAUUGGAGGAGCUUCCUAUAGUGAAAUAAGAAAUAAUGCUAUAAACCACCAAGAACAAUUUUAUAAUAAUAAUAAUAAUAAUAAUAAUAAUAAUAAUAAUAAUGGUUAUAGUUUUAGUAGUAGUUAUAGAGAAAAAUCUAAAAAUAAAUAUACACCUAACGAUAAUGAAACAAAUGAUUUAAAUGGAGACGAUGAAGAUACAGAUAUUAUUGAUCCUAAGGAACAUAAAUGUAUUUAUAAUUUUAGAAAGUUUUAUGAUUGUUGGUAUUUUGAUUAUUAUAUAGAUUGUAAGAUUGUAGAUUUUCUUAAAUAUUUUUUUUCAAUGAAACCUUUUUUUUUGUAUAUUAUAAAAGAAGAUAUAAAUUUAAUUUUAUCUGUUUUUGAGAAUUUCUCAAAAUUAGAUAAUCCUUUGUAUUUUAAUCAAGAUGAAAUAAUUGAAUUAAAUAAAAAUAUUAUACUCAAAGAUUUUCUAUCAAUCCAUAAUCAACAUACAAAAAACAAAACUCAUAAUACAAAUAAUAUAAACCAUAUGAAAUAUAAUAAUAUAUAUGAUCGAAAUUGUAAAUAUAAUAAUACACACAGUUUUACUAAUUUAUUUUUUAUCGUAAAAUUAUUCUUUGAUUAUGUAGUAGAAAAAGUAGAAUAUCUUUUAUAUAAUAAGGAAGAUUUAGAAAGAAAUUAUUUAUAUUUAUUUUUUCAAAUUAUACACAAUAGAUCAUUUAUUUUAUAUUAUUCUUUUUUAUUUAUAUACAUAAAUCAAAAAGGACUCAAUUUGGAAGGUUCCAUAAACAUAAUGAAUAAUAUAAACAACAGCACCAAUAAGAAUAAUAAAAGUAAUAAUAAAAAUUGUAGUAAUAGUAGUAAUAAUUACGACAAAAAGGAUCAUAUCCAGAAUCAAAAAAUUCAACAAGAAAUGUGUUAUAGAAAGAAUCCACACAUAUAUAAAUGCGAUGACGAUAUGUUAAAAUAUAAAAUGUUAAUUGAAAAUAAUUGUAAUGUUAACUUAAAAUAUUUAAGUAAAUAUGGUUUCUUAUAUUUAAUAUUUUUAUUUUUUAAAAUUGAUAAACAUACUGUUCAAAAUGUUACUACAUUCAUCAAACAAAUCUUUUUAUUAUGUAAUGAUAUAUAUAGAAAAGAUAUACAUACAAAGGAUGUGCAUGCAAGUAAUGUGUACAUAAAUGAUAUAGAUAAAACUAAUAUAUAUAUGAAUGAUAUACCAACCAAUCAAGUAAAAAAAUUCCAAUCGACAAAUGAUAUUGUUAUACCUUUAAUAUGUAAUAAAAAUGAAAAGAGUAAAAAGUUCAUGUUAGGCGGAAAUUUUAAAAAAUUAGAAAACACGACAUUCUUAUUAGAAGCCAUAAAAGAACAACAACAACAACAAAAACAACAACAACAACAAAAACAACAACAACAACAACAACAACAACUACUACUAGUACAAGAACAAGAAGAAGAACACGAAGAAGAAGAAGUAGAACAAAAAAAAAAAGAAGAGUGUGAAUAUUCCGAAUUAGAAGAUAUAAAUCAAUUAAUUAAAAAAUGUUUGAAAAGAAAAAAUCCAAAUAAUAAUAUUAUAACAAAUAUAUAUGAUAAAAAAUGUGAUAUAUCAAAAAAAGUAAUAUUAGAUCUAUUACCUUAUGUACAACCAAAGGUUGAUUUAGUUUCUUUUUUUUAUUUAUUCUUAAGUAAUUAUUUUUCAGCAUAUAUAAAGGAUGAAAACAUAAAUAAAUUGAUAAAUUUAUCAAAUAUAAAUAAAAAGAAAAUAUUAAAUAAAAUAUCUGCAGAUGUAGAUAAUAUAUCUUUAACUACCAUAUCAAAGGAUCUUGCAAAAUUUGUAAAUGCAAGAACGUUAGAAGAAUGUUUAUCUACCGGUCCUGAAUAUUAUCGUAUAAGAAAGGACAUAGAAAAUAUUCUCAAAAUUAAUAACAAUAAUAAUAAUAAUAAUAAUAAUAAUAACAACAACAACAACAACAACAAUAAUUAUAAUAAUAAUAAUAAUAAUAAUAGUUGUUAUAAUAAUUACAGUGUAAGUUUUAAAAAUUCUGUAAAAAAUAAUCAUAAAGAAAAUACAAAUAUUUUAAUUAACGAUGUGAAGAAUUGUUCAAACGUAUAUGAUAUAUCUUUAUCCUUAAGGAAUCGAUUUUUAAAUAUUAUAAAAAGUACAAAACUAAAUGAACUAUAUUUUAUUUAUUUUUACGUAUGCACAAUAAUGUUAUCGAAAGGGAGUAGUCAUAAAAAUGUGCCCACGGAAGAAUACCCAUCUCUUAACUAUGACAAUAAUAAUAAUAUAAGUAUUAAUAAUUUAAGUAAUAAUAAAUGUAACCUUAAUACAACAAACAGUGUUGUAAAUAAUAAUCACAACAAAAAUAACCGCACGUCAAGCAUCAAAACUAAUAGAAGUAAUAAAACACAAGGCACAAAAAAUACCAAAACAAAUAUUAAUUCGUACAAAAAUAAAGUAGAAAUGAGUAAAGAAUCAUAUGUAAAUACUAAAAUAAAUAACCUAGAUUUAGAAUACCCACCUUUACCUUUAGGAGAUGAUAAAAAAGAAAAACUAAAUGAAGAAAAUGAUUUCUUAGAGUCAUCAAAAAAUAAAAAAGAUAAGAACAAAAAAAAACUUCCCAAAGAAUAUUCACAAAUUCUAAAUAAAGAAAAUACAUGUUCAAAUAAAAAUUUAUUAGAUAAAAUUAAAAAUAUAGAUAAUAAAAAAAAUAAAAAUGAAAAUAACAAAUGUAAUUUAACUACAACAAAAGAUACGAAUAAUUUAUUUUUAGAUAGUAAUAAUUAUCCAUCACUUAUUAGUAAUGAGAAAACAAAAAAAAAUGUAGAAAAAAAUAAUGAUAAAAAGAAAACGAAAAAUAAUAAUUCACAAAAAUUUAAUGAAGAUGAUUUUCCUCUUCUUCAAUCUACUGAGGAGAAUAAAAAAAAUAACAAUAAAAAUAAUCAUUCUCAUAUUUUAUCAAAUGAAAUAAAUAAUAAUAAAAAUACACAAAAUAAAAAACAAAAUUCCUCAUCCAAAAGUAAGAAUGAAAAGAAUUCAUGCGAACAAUCCUCUUCAUCAUUUCCUCUAAAUUACCAAACAUAUAUCAAUUCUACAGAAAGUAAUGUUACAUAUACAAUUAAAAAGAAAAAUAAAGUAAAGAGAUGUAAUAUAUGUACAUAUGAUAAUCCUUGUGAAAGAAAAAAAUGUGAAUUGUGUGACAGCGUAUUAUAA